ACUAUAUCAGAUGUCAAAUGCUAAUUUUAAAAUUUAAAUAUUUUUGUUGUGGUUUGGUCUUGUACACGUCUUGUAGCUUGUAGAUUCUGCAUUUUCGUAUAAUAUUUAGAGAAAAGUUUCAUUUGUAGUCGAAAUAAUAUUUUCAAAAUGACUAAGAGACGGAGAUUAUCAAAUUCAUCUCCCAUUAAAGUGGAAAUAAAAGAGGAAGAAACGGUCAACGAUUAUAUGAUGGCCAAAGGCAGAUUAAAAGGCGUUUUGAAACAACUUACUGAAAAAUCUUCCGAUGAUGAAAGCGAUUCUUCAGAUGAUACACAUAGAAAGAGAAGCGAAAGAAAGAAGAAAGGAAACGAAGCAUUGCCAGCACCAUAUCAUCACACAUAUGUAAUGAAACUUUACGAUAGAAGUGUAGAUUUAGCUCGUUUUGAAGAAGACACCCCAUUGUAUCCUCUUUGUAGGGCUUGGAUGGAAAAUCAGCCUAAGAGUCCACAAAAAGUAAUAAAGCGUAGAUUAUCAUCACCAGAACCAGAUAAUACAUGGAACGGUUCGACCAUAGAUGUUAGAAAAUUACCGCCACCAACAAAAUCUUCUAUAAUCAGAAUUCCAUCUCCAAUACCAGAACAAAAAGAGCGAAGCAAAGAUAAUAUCAAUCUUAAUUAUGAAGAAGUUUCACCUGCGGAUAAAAAUACUCUGAUCAGAAAUCAUUUGCAAAGAUGGGUCAAAAUUAAAAAGAAAUGGAUAGAGAGUGCUGUCAAAAAUGAGGAGAGAUAUUCAAAGAGUUUUCACGUGUUGCAGUCAAUUUAUAAUAAAGCUCAAGAAAACCUGGAUUAAAUGGAAUACAUGAAAUAAAAGAUCGUAUUUUAUGUCUACUUAAGUUUAAUCAAUUUACUUAUUAAAGGAACUAAAUAACAAAUAUAUUUAAAAUGCAUUUAAUAAGAGAGAACAAUGGUAAACCGCCCAUCGGUCGCCGCCUUCAUAUAGAAUAUCUAAAAAUGUUAUAUCACAAUAAUAACUAGUCUAAAUUAAACAAUAAAUUAGUAUGUAAAUAAAUUUAUAACCACUUAAACAUAGAAAAUAAAGUAACAUACAAUGCUG